AUGGCUUCUUUUGGUGGCGCCGGUCUCGGGCAAAAAGUCAUCAAGCCCAAUCCUCCUGAGCGCGGCUCUUUCCCGCUCGAUCACGACGGCGAGUGCAAGGACAUGAUGCUAUCCUACCUCAGGUGCAUCAAAUCACACCGUGGAACCAACGACUCUGAAUGCCGCAAUCUGUCCAAGGCAUACCUGUCCUGUCGGAUGGAUCGGUACGUACCGGAUCUUCCUUCCUCUCCACACAGCCUGUCUCGUUGCGACAAUCUCCCAGGGCCCCACCCCUUGGCGAGAGCAAGGGAGAGAAGAGGAGCUUGUCACACCGACCUGUCAAAGUUUUCGAACCAGGUCGUUGGGAACAUUGGGCCUGGAAGCUGCGCGCACGCAAGGGAGAGAUGCAGCAGCCCUCAUUCCUCAUCUCUUGUCAGAUCUGAAACGUCUGGCCUGUCAAAUCGGUCGCUUGCCAGCCCUUUCCGUCCACCAGCGCUCCGACACUGUCCUCUACGGGACAGUUGCCCCCUCAACGAUAUCCACAUCUCCACACAUCACCGUUGCACUGCGUCGGCAGCAUCCGAACAAAGCGCAUCGCUGCCCCAAACAGAAUCAGGAAGAACAUGUCACUGACUCGAUUGGUGCCCACAGGAAUCUCAUGGCUCCUGAUUCAUUCAAGAACCUCGGCUUCGGAGAGGACGGCGGCGGCCCCAGUGCUCCUACUCCGACUGCAACCCCAGCCCAUCCGCCGCAACCUCAAGGGAACGAUAAACCCCGCACUUCCUAG